GAUCUGUGAUUGUUUCUCGUAAAAUUAUUCAAAUGUUCGCAAUUGCAUUCUUUCGAGCCCAUAGCAGAAGCUUUGCUUUUUCAAGCAUACGGGCAGUUCAAAUUCGAACUGCGAUGAACAGAUCCGGACUUGAAAAAUCACAAUGUGCUAUUUUGUUUCCAGGACAAGGUGCUCAGUAUGUUGGAAUGGGUAAAGAUCUUUAUUCGGAAUAUCCUUCUGCACGUCGAGUAUUUGAAGAAGCUGAUGACGUAUUAGGAUUUAAAUUGACAGAAUUAAUGUUUGAAGGUCAUCAGAAAGAUUUGAAUCAAACACAAAAUGCACAACCUGCAAUAUUGACUACAUCUAUAGCCACUCUUCGAGUCUUAGAAAGUGAAUAUGGGUUUGAUGUUUCAUCCGCUUGCACGUAUGCGCUUGGACACUCUCUAGGGGAAUAUACGGCUUUGGUUGCUACCCAGUCGUUAUCAUUACGUGACGCUGUUAAGCUUGUUAGACUUCGUGGUGAAGCCAUGGCAAAUACAGUUUCUCAACUAGGAGUCCAAACGGCCAUGGCCGCUUUAAUUGUUCGUGAAGAAAACUUGACCAAACUUCAAGCUUCGCUUGAUGAAAUUUGUUCUAGCUUACCCGAGGGUGAAUCUGUAGAACUUGCUAAUAUUAAUAGCUCUUUUCAGGCAGUCAUUAGUGGAACAGGUAAGGCCGUAGAUUAUGCAUCACGAGUUUUGCAGUCACAGCAUCUUGCUGCACGUGCUUUGGACCUUCCUGUAUCAGCUCCGUUUCAUUGUAGAUUAAUGCAACCAGCUGCAAAUGUAAUGCAAAAGGCAAUGAGUGAUAUCAAAUUUAAGCAACCAAUCGUUGAUAUUAUAUCUAAUGUCACCGCAAAUUCGAUACAAUCAGUAUCUGAUAUACCUUCUCUUCUAGUUCGACAAGUGACUGCUACUGUUCAAUGGCAUAAAAGUAUAAGAUAUUGUAAGGAAAAUGGCAUUGACAAUUUCAUAUUAUUUGGACCUGCAAGGGUAUUAGCUAAUUUGCUAAAGAAAGAAUAUCCUUUAGAUUUUGUCAGGCCAUUUGCUACCGUUGCUGAUAUUCAAUCCUACAUAGAUUAUUUAAAGAUUAAACAAACAAACAUCAUACAAUCAGAUAUUACU